UGUGGGUAACGCGGGGCCGCCAGGUGACAGCUAAUGGCGGCGGCCGCCUGAAGCGGGCGGGCGGGCGGUAGAGCGGGCGGCAGGAGGCGCGGGGCGGAACCUUCCCUGCUGCUGCUCCGGUCCCGACGGCGGCUUCCCUACGGCGGCGGGACUCGGCGCGUCAUGGACAGGCCGGCGGCGGCGGCGGCGGCGGCGGCAGUGGCGGCUGCGGGCUGCGAGGGCGGCGGGGGCCCCAACUCGGGGCCGGCGGGCGGUAGGAGGCCUCCUCGGGCCGCUGGGGGCGCCACCGCUGGUUCUCGGCAGCCCAGCGUGGAGACCCUGGAUAGUCCUACAGGAUCACAUGUUGAAUGGUGUAAACAGCUUAUAGCUGCUACAAUUUCUAGUCAGAUUUCAGGUUCAGUGACAUCAGAAAAUGUAUCCAGAGAUUACAAGGCUCUAAGGGAUGGAAAUAAGCUGGCACAGAUGGAAGAGGCUCCACUUUUUCCAGGAGAAUCAAUUAAAGCCAUUGUGAAAGAUGUCAUGUAUAUCUGCCCAUUUAUGGGAGCAGUGAGUGGAACCCUGACAGUGACGGACUUUAAGCUGUACUUCAAAAAUGUAGAGAGGGACCCGCAUUUUAUCCUUGAUGUUCCCCUUGGAGUGAUCAGCAGAGUCGAGAAGAUUGGAGCACAGAGCCAUGGCGACAAUUCCUGUGGUAUAGAGAUAGUGUGCAAGGAUAUGAGAAACUUGCGGCUUGCUUAUAAGCAGGAAGAACAGAGUAAACUAGGGAUAUUUGAAAACCUCAACAAACAUGCAUUUCCUCUUUCUAAUGGACAGGCACUAUUUGCAUUCAGCUAUAAAGAAAAAUUUUCAAUUAAUGGCUGGAAAGUUUAUGAUCCAUGGAUUUUAGUUGCAAAUAAGAAAUGGAUGUGGUUCAUGCUUAGUACUGUUUCAAAGUGUAAAGUCAUGCCUUUCCCCCCUUCCUCCUUUUCCAACACCUUACAGGGCUUGCCAAAUGAGAGUUGGAAAAUAUCCAAAAUAAACAAUAAUUAUGAGUUCUGUGAUACCUACCCUGCUGUCAUUGUUGUGCCAACUAGUGUAAAAGAUGAUGACCUUUCAAAAGUGGCAGCUUUUCGAGCAAAAGGCAGAGUUCCUGUGUUGUCAUGGAUUCAUCCGGAAAGUCAAGCAACGAUUACCCGUUGCAGCCAGCCACUUGUGGGUCCCAAUGAUAAGCGCUGCAAAGAGGAUGAAAAAUACUUGCAAACAAUAAUGGAUGCUAAUGCACAGUCACACAAGCUGAUCAUCUUUGAUGCUCGACAAAACAGUGUCGCUGAUACCAACAAGACAAAGGGUGGAGGAUAUGAAAGUGAAAGUGUUUACCCAAACGCGGAACUCGUGUUCUUAGAGAUCCACAACAUUCAUGUGAUGCGAGAGUCGCUACGCAAAUUAAAAGAGAUUGUGUACCCUUCGAUCGAUGAGGCACGGUGGCUCUCCAAUGUGGAUGGAACGCAUUGGCUAGAAUAUAUAAGGGUAAAGAGAUCCAGUACUUUAUAUGCUUUCCAGUUAAGACUUCUUUGUGCCUGUGCCAUAAAUACGUAUAUCUCCAAGUGGUUUUUCAGCAUUGCAAAUAAGUGCCUCUUGGCUGUGUGCAUGAGCUUUCUUAUUAAAUAUGUAACUGGCAGCUACUUCUGGUCUGUUCAGGCCAUUGGGCUGUUAGGGAUCUGUCUGAACUGUGCAUUGAAUGGGAAUACUCCUCAAGUCCCCAUUAGACUUGCUAUGGAAAGCAGGAGGAUGGGCAGUGCAAGGAUUUCUUUGGGCUUUGGUCGAGUGGGCCAUGGUAAUGACAACCACGCUGAUGCUGACCGAUCUCCUAUAUUUCUGCAGUUUAUUGAUUGUGUUUGGCAAAUGACAAGACAGUUUCCUUCAGCAUUCGAGUUUAAUGAGCUAUUCUUGAUUACAAUUUUGGAUCACCUUUAUAGCUGUCUUUUUGGGACCUUUCUGUGCAACUGUGAGCAGCAGCGAUUCAAAGAGGAUAUAUAUACAAAGACUGUAUCUUUAUGGUCAUAUAUCAAUAGCCAACUAGAUGAGUUUUCUAAUCCCUUCUUUGUGAAUUAUGAAAACCACGUGUUAUAUCCUGUUGCUAGUCUGAGUCAUCUGGAAUUGUGGGUAAACUAUUACGUACGAUGGAAUCCACGGAUGAGACCUCAGAUGCCCAUCCACCAGAAUCUCAAGGAGCUGCUGGCUGUCAGGGCGGAGCUGCAGAAGCGGGUGGAGGACCUGCAGCGCGAGGUGGCCACACGCACUGUCUCAUCCUCAUCUGAGCGGGGCUCCUCGCCUUCCCACUCCGCCACUCCCGUCCACACCUCAGUCUGAGGGGCAGGGCCAGCCUGCUGCUCCAUGGUCUUCCAGCGGCUCAGGAAAGGGACCUGGCGAUCACUGUUAUGGCUGUAGCUUGUGAUCUUGUCUUUUAGGAUUAGGCCCAGGGACCAUUUAUGUGGCUAGGUGACAGCUCCCACUAUUGGCAAGUGCUUUUCGUUUUGUGAACAGCCCGUUUCCCUCCUGUCAGUGGUUUCACAGGGGAGCCAUCUGUCACAUCCACCCUGUGAAGCAACUCCUAGCAUCCAGGCAGCUUGGGAGAAAUGAAGUGAAUGGGAUGCAGUACUGAGGUUCCAGAGAGCCGCACACCAUUUCCUUCCAGGUCAAAUCCUUCAGUAACAACAAACACCGCUCACUUCGAGAUGCAUUGCCGGCCUCGGGGCUUCCCUCAGCUCCUGACCACAACCUGAAAACUGUUUUGAAUGAAAUACCUGGGGAAGACAGACCACUGCCCUCUAUUCCACAGUCCUCUUCAUGCACGGGGUCCCCUGUAACAAUUCCUGCUGUGUACAUAUAAGGUAUUUUUAGAGAAGAGAAACAGGCCUUUAUUUUCCUAUGUCCUUUUUUAUGUUUAGAAUAGUCACCUGAGGAGGGAUCAGCUCACCUGUACUCUGGGAGAAAUUCUUUUCCAACAAACCUCACGCUCAUGUUUCUGUGGUGCAUUUGAAAUGGGAUUGGAACAUGGUCAUUUAAGGGGCACCGUGUUCUGUCCCCACCUCACUCUGGCACUCGCCUCUUGGGGCAGCUCAUCCCCUUCAUGGGGACGGCACCAGGUGGCCGUGCUUAGUCUUCCGGCCCCGCUGAG